CGUUGAUGCGGCCGACUUGGCCAACCUCAAUGCUACCGAAAUCAAACACUGCGAGCGAGCACUCAUCACCACUCACACAAGUGUUCUAAAACCUUGUCUGACGCACAAAAUGGCUGCGACGACUGCCAUUAACCGGAGGCGGGAUCCGUACGAGGGCAUGGUCGUGACCGGGUUCGAGGGCGGCAUCACGACGCGCAUCCUAGCGCACCCGCGGCGAUCCUUCGCCUUCGAGGUGACCUUCGACCUCGCGCACCCGCGCCUGGUCGCCCUGGCCGGGCAGAGACCGCCGCCGGCCCACUUCCACCCGUACCAGGCCGAGUACGUCGAGGUGACGGCCGGCCGGCUGAUCGUCGAGCUCGAGGGCCGCCGGCACCUGCUCACCCCGCGCUCCGGCGAGUUCGUCAUCCCCCGCUGGGCAAACCACCGCCUGUACCCCCCUCCUCCGCCGCCGGGGAAGGAGGGUGCUACUGCUCGUGAUGAUGGCCGCCGUCGGGGCGAGGGCGGCGACGAGGAUGGGAAGACGACCCGGUUCUUGCUCUCCGGCGAGGAUACGCCCAGGCCGUUCCGGCUAGACGCCGUCUUCUUUGAGAAUUGGUAUGCCUAUCAGGACGAGGUGGUCCUGCGGGGGAAGAAGGUCGAUAUCCUGCAGGUCAUGUCUACGUUCGACGCUGGCGGCUCGUACCUUUCCCUCCCGUGGUGGGUGCCCUUUGGCCGCACCAUCUCACUGGUCCUAGGCGUGGUGCUUGGGAGGUGGAUUGCUGCGUUGCUGGGCUACCAACCGUUCUACCGCCAGUGGACGACGGAUUGGGACACGGCGGUGGAGAAGAUGGAGCAAUCGUUGUUUCAGAGACGUUUUGCGGACAAGACCAAGACUGCAUGAGAAGGGUUAGUUAUUGUAUUCAAUAUUCGUUAAUUUACGUAGUGCGUAAUUUCCAAUUAACUGUUUGGUCGGCGUCUCUGGUUGAUUGGUGAUGCAGUA